AUGUCCCAAUCUCCGUCUUCCACCAUUAAGCAGAAAGUCAAAGGCUGGUUAGGUGUUGGUAAAACUGACGGUGAAAUGAUCCCAAAGAACCUCCCUCUACUCCCAAGAGUCCAAAGCGGAAACGUACAAGUAGCGUCGAUCUCCGCGUAUCUAAAAGACUCGCUCGCAUUCGAGAGACCUAUCCUAAUCCAAAACCCCCCGACUUACCUGAGAGUCCCAGGAGUGCUCGGAUAUAGAACACCUCCAAAGGAAAAGAUCGACCGUUAUCAAGCGACAGGGGCUCAAUUCGAAGACUGGAUGGCCAACACCAACUCAGCUGGUCCUGCAUGUCCAGUGGUCCAGUCCAGGCUAACCCUUGCCGCUCUAGUCGAUUGUAGUCCCCCGGAGAGGCCGGAAUUUGAUGUAUGGAAAUCCGAGUUCGUUGUCCCACCGGCUGAAAUCAGAGGUUGUCUAGAAUCGACAGGCCUCCCAAGGAAUGAGAGAUCGAAGGAUUAUCGCUAUUCACAUCUACACCGCAAUGGAAAUUUGAUGGGUGUGCCCACUUACGAGCAUUGCAUGGUAGAGGGUGCUAUCAUUGUUAAGGCGGUUUUCAGAAGGAAACAGGGACCCCAAUGGACUGACAUUGCUCUAGCUUUAUACAAACAUGACGCCGCGAUCGAUACUCUUCGAUAUGUCUACUACACAACAGUUGAGAAUAAGGAGACACAACCCUUGGUAGGGAAGGUGCUUUACCCAAAUAACAAUCUUCCCGGUCUUGGGAAUAGAGCCGGAGCAACAAUUCAAACUUGGCACAUGCAUACUCCGGAGUUCCAGCAAAUCUUAGGAACAAAGCUGGGGAGGGCGACAGCUCGUCUUGUUCUAGCCGCUUGGCCCAGGGGUACUCAUGAGAUCCCCAGAAUCAAUACUUGGUUUUGGUCAGGUAACCUACACAUGCGGUUUGAUAUUGAGCCGGUUGCCCGAGUCGGUCAUCGUCCCUCUCGACCCCCUCUUCCUACUUCUCCUACUACUCCUACUCCUCCUUCUCGUCACAGUCAUCGUUAG